AUGGAGAAGAAAUAUUGUGCAGAUGAUGCAGGAAAAAAGAAGUAUGUGGUUGAAAAGUGGAUCAAAUUUCGGAUGGUUGAUAAUAUGCCAAUCAUGGAGCAGGUUCACGAGUAUGAGAACUUGACUGCAGAUGUUCUGAAUGAAGGCAUGGAGAUGUGUGAGAUUCUUCGGGCUCAUGUUCUGGUUGAAAAGUUUUCACUUUCCUGGAGUGAUUACAUGAAUCAACUGAAACACAAGAAGAAAAACUUAACUCUUCAAGAACUGAUCAGUCACAUGAGGAUUGAGGAAGCAAACUAUCUCAAAGAUGAGGAGGCGGAAUGGCUUAAGGAUAAGAUGAAAUAUCUCUCUCUUAAUUCUUCUACAAUUAAUCUUGUGGAAUAUUCUAGUACUUUUCUAAAAGACAGAAAAAUGGUCACAAGGCUUUCCAGUGUAACUAGAGACAAGGACAAAGCUCAAAGCAUGGAGGGAAACUCCAGUCGAAGAUACCUUACUGAGCGUGGUGAUGUCAUUGUUGUUAUGGUCGUUGAGAAAAACAUGGUGGCUAACAAGAGUAACUGGAUAGUGGACACCGACGCUUCAAGGCACCUUUGCGCUAACAAGGAGUUAUUUCACGAUUUUGAGGAAUCUACUGAUGGCGAGUGUGUCUACAUGGGUAAUUCCGCUAUGGCUGGAGUUAUGGGCAAAGGAAAAAUCUCCUUAAGAUAA